AUGCUGCUGCUGGCAGACAUGGACGUGGUGAAUCAGCUGGUGGCCGGGGGUCAGUUCCGGGUGGUCAAGGAGCCCCUUGGCUUUGUGAAGGUGCUGCAAUGGGUCUUUGCUAUCUUCGCCUUUGCCACAUGCGGCAGUUACACCGGGGAGCUCCGGCUGAGUGUGGAGUGUGCCAACAAGUCAGAGAGUGACCUCAGCAUCGAGGUUGAAUUCGAGUACCCCUUCAGGCUGCACCAAGUGUACUUUGACGCACCCACCUGCCGAGGGGACAUGGAGAAAAUCUUCCUGGUGGGGGACUACUCCUCAUCGGCUGAAUUCUUUGUCACCGUGGCUGUGUUUGCCUUUCUGUACUCCAUGGGGGCUCUGGCCACCUACAUCUUCCUGCAGAAUAAGUACCGAGAGAACAACAAAGGACCCAUGAUGGACUUCCUGGCCACGGCUGUGUUCGCCUUCAUGUGGCUGGUUAGCUCAUCAGCAUGGGCCAAGGGACUGUCAGACGUGAAAAUGGCCACUGACCCAGAGAACAUUAUCAAAGGGAUGUCUGUCUGCCACCAGACGGGGAACACAUGCAAGGAGCUUAGGGACCCUGUGACCUCUGGCCUCAACACUUCAGUGGUGUUCGGCUUCCUGAACUUGGUGCUCUGGGUCGGCAACCUGUGGUUCGUGUUCAAGGAGACAGGCUGGGCUGCCCCAUUCAUGCGUGCACCUCCCGGCGCCCCCGAGAAGCAACCAGCGCCCGGGGACGCCUAUGGCGAGGCAGGCUACGGGCAGGGCCCAGGCGGGUACGGGCCCCAGGACUCCUACGGGCCCCAGGGCGGCUACCAGCCCGAUUACGGGCAGCCCGCCGGCGGCGGCGGCGGCGGCUACGGGCCUCAGGGAGACUACGGGCAGCAAGGCUAUGGCCCUCAGGGCGCGCCCACCUCCUUCUCCAAUCAGAUGUAGUCUGGUCAGUGCAGCCCAGGAGGACCCCAUGGGUGGGCAAGAGCUCAGAAGCCCUGCCGCCCUUUCCACCCCUAUACCCCAGGUCUCCACCCCUCAAGCCAGGAGACUCUAACUCUCUUUGCUGUUUAUAUAUAUAUAUAUUAUAUAUAAAUAUCUAUUUAUCU